GAUGAUAGCAUUUUGGAGGCGAUCGCAGAGAACGAUGUAUGUCUCAUUACCGAUAUGGUCAGCAGUCCAUCUACCGUGGAUAUGGCAGCUUUAACAGAAUUGGCACUGGGAUUGACUCCCCAGCGGCCGAUCACUCGAGAAAAGGCCACAUUGUUAGCGCCAGAAGAAAGUGCUGUGAGUACAACUCCACCUGAAUUGGACGAUGACGACCGACCUGGAAAAGUGAAAAUGCUGCAUUUGGAACUUUGCGAGAACUGGGGCUCGCCUGAUGUGAUCGGACUUGCUGGUUUGGAGUUGCUUGGUCAUAAAAGCAAAGUAAUUGACCCAGCCACUUUCACAAUCACAUCAAGCUCGCAGAGUGAUCCUCAGAAACUUCUCAAUGGCAAAAACUUAACGCGCUCGGCUGAGGACAUGUGGCUAAUUCCUUUCGAUCCCAAACAACACCCGACAAUCACUAUUAAUUUUCACAAACCCACCACACUUACCGGCAUAUCGUUCUGGAAUUACAAUUCAUCACCUGAAAUGUCUUACGCUGGUGUUCGUCUAUUUCACAUAUUCAUCAAUAGUCGUCUAGCUGCUAGCAACGUGUUGCUGAGAAAAGCACCAGGUGAAUUCUGCAGUCGGCUGCUCAGCUAA